AUGUCUGACUCAAACAAUCAAAAGAGCUAUGAAGGCCCUAUUGUGAAAAGGCAAAAACUUAGUGACAGUACGGACUUAUCAAAACCAUCACUCAAAGGAUCGAGGAUUUUCACACCCUUCCGAACUAUUGGACUUGUAUCGCCAACUUCGGUUCCAUUUACGUCAAUCCCCCUGGGUAAAACUACUUUUCAAAUAACCACAUCCGUCGGAAAAUGUUUGCAAACUUACGACUUGAAGCGAGGACUUCAACUCAUUUUUAUCACAAGACCACAAACACCUGAAAAUAUUACUGCUACAACUGCAUGGAAAGAUAGAAUAUUCGCAGCAUGGGGUGAGGCUGACAGUGCGUGUGGAAUCUGGGUUUUCAAACGGGGAAAGAAAGUCGCAGAACUGGAAAUUCCUUCUGAUAUGCACGAAACAAUUAAGCAAAUUCUGAUUUUUGGCACUUGGAUUAUUGGCUGCUGUACCACAAGGAUUGAAGUCUGGAAGUCCUCAGAUUAUGAACAUUAUACAACGCUAUUUUCCACUGCUGCUCCAAAUGGUGGUAACGAGCUAACUGGUGGAAUAAUAAGUAUGCCAACCUAUCUCAACAAAAUUUUUGCGGGCAGGAGUGAUGGCUGCGUAGAAAUCUGGAACGUUAGUUCCGGAAAGUUACUAUUUACUAUCCUCCCACUUGUAGCAAAAUGCGGAGCUAUUACAGCGCUGAAAGCUACACCAGCCCUUUCAAUACUUGCUAUUGCUUAUCAUAAAGGACCCCUGGUUAUGUAUGAUAUACGAACUGAUAGAGCUAUCAUACAAUUGGAUGGAGGUAGCUCCCCUAUAAAAUCAAUAUCCUUCAGAUCCGAUGAGCUAGGUGCUGGUAAUGAUGGUCAGAAAUCAGGUGUCAUGGCCACUGCAGGGCCAAAUCAUGGUGAUAUUGUACUCUGGGACCUAAACGAUGGAGGAAGAGUCAUGGGUAUACUUCGAGGAGCUCAUAACGCACCUCCAGAAUCUUGUGCAUCAGUAGGCGGAGGCGUGAGUAAGAUUGAGUUUCUUCCUGGUCAAUCUGUUCUCGUAACUAGUGGUCUUGAUAAUUCUCUCAAAACCUGGGUCUUCGAUGAAACGCCAUUUUCUCCGAUACCUCGCAUUUUACACUCUAGGAGUGGACAUGCAGCACCUAUCACUCGGCUCCUCUUUUUACCGUCUGAUUUUGACAGUGCAGAAUCAGCUGGGAAAUGGCUACUAAGCACUAGCAUUGACAGAAGUUUAUGGGGAUGGAGCUUGAGACGCGACGGCCAAAGUAUAGAAUUAAGCCAGGGAAAUACACGAAAGAAAUCCAAGAAGCUAGGACUCGUAGGUUCAAGCACAAUUACUGAGUCAAGAGGAACCUUGUCCGACUUGAAGGCACCCGAAAUCAUCGGUAUUGCGGCAUCAAUGAACCGGGACGGGGGAAUGGGAGCAAGUCCUGGAAACGGUGCCAUAUGGCAAAAAAAUAACCGAGGGAAACAAUCAAGCGAUGCUACUGCUAGUAGUACUACCGGAUGGGAAAGCGUGGUCACUGCCCAUAAAAACGAUAGGUUUGCACGGACUUGGUUUUGGGGUAGAAAGAAAGCUGGCCGAUGGAUCUUCGAAACAGGUGAUGGCAGUAAUGUCACCAGCGUGACGAUCAGUCCCUGUGGUACAUUUGCAGUUAUUGGAUCUGAGCUAGGAAUUAUAGAUACUUUCAAUCUCCAAUCUGGACUUCAUCGGCAGAGAUACCCAGCAAAAUUGAGUCAAUCUCAGGCAAAAAAACUCCAACUUGAGUUGAGCAUUAUCAAUCAGGGAAACGGCAAUGGAUCAAAGCAACGAUUCCGUGCCGGACUAGGCAAACACAAGAAAGCAGUAACUGGUCUUGUGGUGGAUUCUUUGGGUAGAGGUAUAAUAAGUUGCUCCCUUGAUGGCAAAGUCAAAUUCUGGGAUUUCCAAUCUGGUCAGCUCGUACAUGAACUAGAAUGCUGCCCCUCCACAGCAAUCUCAGGUAUGCGAUACCACAACCCUAGCGAUCUAAUUGCUCUUUCUUGUGAUGACCUUGCAAUAAGGGUUGUUGAUAUCGAAACUAAGAAAUUUAUUAGAGAGCUGUGGGGUAAUAGUGAACGCGUAAAUGACUUUUGUUUCUCAAAUGAUGGUCGCUGGAUUAUUGCCGCAUCAUCUGACUGCGUAAUACGUGUCUGGGAUCUACCAACGGGACAUUUAAUCGACGCUAUUCGGACCAAAUUUCAAUGCACGGCCCUCGCAUUCUCAUCUACCGGAGAAUUCCUCGCUACAGCCUGUGAGGGUAUAUUGGGUGUAGAUUUAUGGAACAACAAGACAUUGUUUACCCAUGCUCCAACCCAAAAUAUUUCUGAGGACAACAUAGCGGAGCUCGACGGACCGACAGUUUCUGGUGAAGGUGGCCACAAUUUGAUCGACGAAGCUUUCGAAGACCAAGAGCUUGAAAUUGUGGAAUCUGUACCAAGCUUAUCACCUGAACAAUUAAGCAAAGACAUGCAGACACUUUCUCUAGUACCUAAGAGUCGAUGGCAGAAUCUUCUUUAUCUAGAUGUGAUUAAAGCUCGAAAUAAACCUACAGAGGCACCUAAGGUCCCAGAAAAGGCACCUUUUUUCCUUCCGUCUUUAAAUACAAUACCUUUACUGCCUAGCAAAGACGAAAAGGCAACCGAUACCAUUGCGGAAGAGAGCAGGGUUAAGAAACUUGGUCGUCUAACAUCUGAAAGUCUAUUUACUAUUACAUUAAGAGCUGUAAGGGAAUCUGGUGACUAUACACCAUUUAUUCGACAUCUUCAGAGUUUAUCUCCAUCGGCAGCCGAUCUAGAAAUCCGCUCCUUGAAUCCAACAGAGGAAUUUAUACCAUUCAUUAAAGCACUAACUCUUAGAUUACGCGAUAAACGUGAUUAUGAGCUUAUUCAGGCAUGGAUGUCGGUCUUUCUCCGACUUCAUAUAGAUUCUUUCUCACAUGAUCCCAUCAUCCUCGAGACAUUAAAACUGUGGCGGAUAGAGCAGGAAAAGGAAGGGAAACGAAUCGGAGAAUUGUUAGGAUAUUGUAACGGUGUUGUUUCGUUUUUGAAGAAUGGGCGCUGA